GAAGAGGUUAUGAUGUACGAACGUGUCUUACUGAAGACGAUCAAGUUUGACCUACAAGUCUCCCACCCCUACAAGUACCUUCUAAAUUUUACCAAACGUAUCAAAGGUGACCCGGAAAGGAUUAAACAACUGCUUCAGAUGGCCUGGUCAUUCAUAAAUGACAGUCUCGCGACAACUCUGUGUCUUCAAUGGGAACCAGAGAUUGUGGCCUGCGCUGUGCUCUACUUGGCAACGCGCAUGAAGAAGUGCACAAUCGAGGACUGGGAGGGCCGACAACCAGGUCAGCGGUGGUGGGAGUGUUUUGUUGAAAACAUGAGCACUGAGGUGAGGCCCUGCUCUUUUUUGAAAUGA